CAGCAUCUUCCUGAGCUGAAAACUCUGGAAUUUAAUCUGCUCAGCCUUACUUCAGACUGAUUCAAACCAGUGCAACUUGCAGUAGCAAAGAGGACAGAAAAUGGUCCCCAGCGCCUCCCUCUGCCCUGCUGGGCUCUGUGCAUAGGCUCUGCCAUUCUUGCAGCCCUGCAUCACAGCUGCCUGCAGAUCACAUCUGCCUGAUGAUUUCCACAGCAGCUUGGGCACUCCAGGCAGGAGUAUGAGCUGCACGGAUGGGUGCGGGCUCCCCCCGCGGCCGCUCUGCCAGCGCAGCGCUCUGCCAGCUGAUAGCCAGGACACAGACACCUCUGAAGUCCAGCUGAUAGCCAGGACACAGACACCUCUGAAGUCCAGCUGAUAGCCAGGACACAGACACCUCUGAAGUUCUGUGCAUGCUGUGCGCCUUUUUUCAUUUGCUGCAGCAAGAAAAGCCUGUUCUUUUAACCCGGCUCCCUUUGAAGAAGUAACUCAGGAAGCUCCAUGGCCUCUCAAGAAUCUCAGGGACAAACCAAACUAAUCUUUAAGGAUUACCUCCCUGGUUCUUCUGACAUUCCUCAGCAGAAUACGCCUGUUGAACCAACAAGUCUCUGGAAGCAAGCAUCACACACUCAUAAUUUGCCACCUGGUCUGGAGUACCUGAACCAGCUGGACCAGAUAAUUAUUCAUCAGCAAGUGGAGCUUCUGGAAGCCAUACUUGGCACAGAGACCUGCAGCAGGUACGAGAUAAAGAACCCCUUGGGACAGAGGGUUUACUUUGCAGUGGAGGAGAACGGCUGCUUCGACCGCCGGCUGUGCUCGCCGCUCAGAGCCUUCACCAUCAGCAUCGCGGAUAACGCGGGCCGCGAGGUGAUCCGCGUCCUCCGGCCCCUCAGGUGCACCAGCUGCUGCUUCCCCUGCUUCCUGCAGGAGUUAGAAGUUCAGUCCCCGCCAGGUACAAUAGCUGGCUACGUUGUACAGAACUGGGACCCUUUUCUGCCAAAGUUCACUAUACAGAAUGAAAGUAAAGAAGAUGUGCUAAAAAUAAUUGGCCCAUAUGCAACCUGUGGCUGUUUUGGAGAUGUUGACUUUGAGGUAAAAGCUCUCGAUGAGAUGACAACGAUUGGCAAAAUUUCCAAGUAUUGGUCUGGAUUUGUCAACAACGUCUUCACCAACACCGCCAACUUUGGGAUCCAGGUCCCUGUGGAUCUCGAUGUGAGGAUCAAGGCAGUCAUGAUUGGUGCUUGUUUCCUCAUUGACUUAAUGUUCUUUGAAAACUCUUUGGAUGGAUUAUAACAAGAUGACAGAAACAAUGAAAUAUGCAGAAUGUGUUUCAGUAGUGUCAACCAGUAAUUCAAUUCUUGAAAACAACCAACACAUCAACGGAAAGAGAGGAGAUAAUGAAUAAUUCAUAAAAAUGAAAAAGAGCUAAAUUUAUCAGGUGAUUACUUCUCAACAAAUAUUUAGACUAAUUUUAAAUUAAUGUUCAUGGAUAUGAAUUCAAACACAGUGAAGUCAGGAAGUUGCAACUAACGUUCCCAUAGCGAAAUUAACUCAGGAAUGCUUAUAGAUUUAAACAGUAUGUUUUAGAUUAUAUACCACACUUAGGUAUUUAUACAGAUUUACAUAUGUCUUGAAAAUAAUUGUGGAUAACAAGCUCUGACAAUCAUCAUUAUCUGUUAACCAUUUCACUUCUGGCUCUCGCUGUGACUCGUAGCAGUGCAAUCAGGCUGCACGAAUUGGGAGCUCACAGGGAACCUCGGCUGCCACCUUUCCCGGGAGGAAGCAGCCUGUGAGCUUCGUGGGCCAGAAGCUCCCUCGUGUGGAAAUUCCGGAAUUUGCAGAGGAACGCAGAAUUUGCAGAGGAACACAGAAUUUGCAGAGGAAUGCAGAAUUUGCAGAGGAAUGCAGAAUUUGCAGAGGAAUGCAGAAUUUGCAGAGGAAUGCAGGAUGCUUUUUGCUGUUCUCGCUGUUCUCACACUGGUGCCGUUGUUAAAUGCACGACCUCUGUGCCUGAAUGUAGACUGAGAAAAAGAACCAGAUUAUUUUUUUUUUUCAUUUUAAAUCCCUUUGCCAUCUUAGACAGAAGUCACUGCUCUUGUAGCCCAUAAUCUUGGGUCUCAUGCACUGUGACUGAGCUGUGUGUGUCUUGACUGAACACUUGACUGUAGUCAGUGCCUUAAGAUCAGUAGGAUCCCCACCUAUCUUUCACUUUUCCCCUGCAAUUUCCUGUCUUCUUGUGGCCCUUAACAAGCCAAAGAUGUCUCUAAGCAAAUGUGUCCAGCCUCAUUGUAGUCAACACAAAAUAAGGCUUGAUUUAGCUGCAGGGCUGAAUUUGGCUGUGAGUGUCCAUGUAUUUACCUUGUAGGUAAGCAAUAUGUGCAUAUAAUUUUCAGUUAAUUCCAACCAGAUGAUAACACUGGAUUUCUCACACUUAGUGACUUUGUUGCUGUUUUUUUCUUUUAAUACAAAUGUUUUUUGCUGUUAAUGUGUAUGUAUAUGAGUAAGUUUGAAUGCCUCUGUUUACAUUCAGGGGCAGCUUCUGGGACAUACAAGAACAGGAUCAUCCUCUGGAUAAAACAAGCAGUGGGGCUGGGACAGCUCUUGGUGCUUAGAAGUCCCUCAGCAGGUUGCUUGACCUCUGUGCCACCCUUCAGCAUCCUGGUGGAAAUUCAGUGCCAAUGCCAGUGCUUUUCCAGCUGGGAGAUCUCUCCUCUAAACCACAGCUGCCACUCAGGGCAGGUAUCCAUCCUCAGCAGAGUUCAUGGAUUCUGCAUGAUGUUGCAAAAGAAGAGCUAAUGUGUUCUAAGAUCUUAAUAACCUGCAGCUCUAACUAAUAACUCUUAUUAACAGCAAUGUGUGUCACGUUGUGGGAGCUACAUAUGCUCACUUCUCACAGUUCCCUCAUGGGCUGGGAGUGGGUCCCAAAGGAGAAUUCAGUAUCUCCCAAAGGGUCACAGAGUUUUUCUAAAGGAAAUUCAUAUCCUGGAUUUCAUCUAGAAAGAAAUGUGAUUGCUCUAAAGAAACAGAAAUUUUCCUUAAUCCAGCCAAGCAAAUAUUUCUGAUCAGUAGCCAAACUGUAAACCUGUGCAGUUCACACUCCUUGUGUUCAGUAGAUGGCAGCAACAGCUCAUUAUGACAGUAUUUAGCUUUUCACACAUCACAGGCUGCACCCAGGAAGUUCAACAUACCUUUAACCUCUGAUUAAAUUCUGAAGGAUUUUAUUUUCUCUGUCUGAUAUUAAACCUUUGCCACACAAUACUGGAUUAUCUUUAUUGCCUGCAAUUUACAGCUGAACUAUUAUUUUGUGAGAUCUGGUCAGGGCAUGGGCAGAAUAAAACAAAGUGAGCUCUUCUGGUCAGUACCCAACCUAGUUUUGUGCACCUGGAGCAUCUCUCCAGCUUCUGGGCAGGGGAGAAGCCCCAGCCCCAGGACACUCCCCACCCUCUGCAGGAACAGAAAGUGCCAUGUGUAAAGGGGAGUGCUGUGUGAUGCUGUAUCUAGAAAGGUAAAAGGUUUUCUCUGGUAAAAGGGUCAUGUCAUGAUCUGUCACUGUGUGCUGGGGCAGAGGAGGGGAAAUCCCCUGUAGUGCCACAAACCCAGGUGGCACCAGCACAUGGGGAGGAGUUGGUUUGCCCGUGGGAAGAUCAGACACUUCCUGUAAGAGAGUGAAGACACGGAGUCGCUGUAAGUUCUGAGAUUCUUUGGUUGUGUGAUGCAAGAGUACUUCUCUUCAUAGAUUUUGCAGUCUGUAUUAAAAAAAAAAAAUUUUUGUGUUGCUUUGGUUAUUUGUUGGAUUAGACAAAUUUACCCAGGACUGGGUCAGAAACACUGCACUUGGAACCCUUGAAAAUGAGAGUAAUUUACAAAUGUUAUGGUUUGAAAUUCAAAGGACUUUAAAGAACA